AUGGCGAGUCGCGGAGCUCCGCUAUCUGGCAGUAACUUGGCGAUGCGAGCUGCUGUCCUGGCGCUCUGCGCGCUGUCGUCUACGGCGUUCCGAGCGCCGCGCCGGCUUUCGGCGUCGCCGCGGCGAUGCGCCGCGCCCUGCGGCGCGCUGCCCGGCGGGGCGUCGUUCAGCGUCGAGGUCUGCAAUUGCGACGCCGCGCUGGCCAUCGACGGGAAAGCCUGCGACGACGCGCGGGACGGCGACGUCUGGGUCGCCGCCAAGGAGACGGCGGCGCCGGCCUUCAGCCUGAGCGCGGCGAUGGAGGCCGCGACGACGGACGCGCCGACCGUCGUCGUCGGCGCGCCCGCUGCCGUCGGCCGGCUCCGGCCGCGGCGCGGCGGCGCGGCGCCCGUCGUCGACGUGCUCCGCACGUCCAUUCCCAAGGAGCAGACGGAGCGCUGCGCCGAGGCCCAGGCCGCGGUGCUCACGAAGCUGUUAGAGCUCUGGCUCGAGUCGCUCGGCGACGGCGACCACUUCGAGGAUCUACGCGC